AUGGUUGAAUGUUUCAACAACGGCUUCGAAAUGUUCCAAGAUUAUGCUUCGGUCAUCUCACCAGACUACAAUUGGAGUGAAAUUGAUGUAGCUGGUGUUUGGGAGGUGCUGAAUAUGGGUGCUGAGGGAAUGGCUCAUCAUAGCCUCGUGCAUGCAGCGAGGAGAAAGGACAAAGACAUGGAUCUUUUGAUGGACUUGUUGUAA